ACACCAACACACACACCAACACACUGAACACGCGCCAGGCUGGCUGUUCAUGCGCUUGUGGACACAGAAGAGGAGACGGUGUCCAAUUGUUGCUGCUAAAGGUCUGAACUGUCCCAGUCAUGGAUGCUGCAGAGUUUCGACGUAGAGGCAAAGAGAUGGUGGACUACAUGGCUGACUACUUGGAAAAGAUAGAGGAACGACCCGUUUACCCGGACCUGGAGCCGGGAUACCUUCGUCAUUUAAUCCCUACCGAGGCCCCCCUGGAGCCUGAGCGGUUCGAGGAAAUAAUGCAGGAUGUGGAGAGAGUCAUAAUGCCAGGGGUCACCCACUGGCACAGCCCCAGGUUCUUUGCUUACUUUCCAGCAGCUUCAUCUUACCCGGCCAUGCUGGCUGAUAUGUUGUGUAGUGCCAUUGGCUGCAUUGGAUUUUCCUGGGCUGCCAGCCCAGCCUGCACCGAGCUGGAGACCGUGAUGUUGGACUGGCUUGGAAAGAUGCUGCAGCUGCCCGAGUGUUUUAUAGCUGGGACGCAUGGCCGCGGAGGGGGGGUCAUUCAGGCCCACUCCUCUGUAGAGCGUGCAGCUCUCAUUGGAGCCGUGUUGAUGAGGAAGGUUCCUGCAGACCAACACUACGCCAUCAGAGAGGAAACACUGAGGAAGAUGGUGGAGGAAGACAAAGCAGCUGGACUCAUCCCAUUUUAUUUCUGUGCCACCCUCGGCACCACUCCAUCAUGUGCAUUUGAUCAUAUCACCGAGCUGGGACCGCUGUGUAAUAAGGAAAAUAUGUGGAUGCACAUCGACGCAGCGUAUGCUGGGAGUGCCUUUAUUUGCCCUGAAUUCAGAUCUUUAUUAAAUGGCAUUGAGUUUGCUGAUUCUUUCAACUUCAACCCACACAAAUGGCUUUUAAUCAACUUUGACUGCUCUACGAUGUGGGUGAAGGAGAGAGCAGACAUCAUUGGAGCCUUUAAAAUGGAACCACUUUACCUGAAACAUGAAAACCAGGAGUCAGGGCUGGUUACAGAUUACAGGCACUGGCAGAUUCCGUUGGGAAGAAGAUUUCGUUCCUUGAAGCUGUGGUUUGUGUUUCGUAUGUACGGGCUCAAAGGUCUGCAGGCUCAUAUACGAAAGCAAGUGGGCCUGGCCAAAGAGUUUGAGAGUCUGGUUCGAGCCGACAAGAGGUUUGAGAUUUGUGCUGAGGUGGUUCUGGGACUGGUCUGCUUCAGGCUCAAGGGCUCCAAUGAGCUCAACCAGAACUUACUGAAAAAGAUCACAAAGAGCAAGGAAAUCCACCUGGUUCCCUGCCAGCUGUCUGGUCGCUUCGUCCUGCGCUUUGCCAUCUGUUCCCGCACCACUGAGUCCCGUCACAUCCAGCAAGCAUGGCGUCACAUCACACAGCUCGCCUUCGAGCUGCUGCAGGAGCAGCCGCACUGA